AUGACUUGUAUUUGCAGGGAAUGGUACAAUGGGGACGGGAAAGAGGAACUGCAUGCUGGCCCCCCAAUCCCUCUCUCCGACCCUCCGUGUGUUUUCUCUCUCUUUCAAACCAAGUCAAUUAAGACAAUGGGUAUUCCGGCGAGAAGAAGCGGAGGCGGAGGAGUGGUGGGGAUCGAUAUGCUGAGCGAGAGAGCGGCGCAGAUGAGAGAGGCUCUGGUGAAGAGCCAGUCCAUCACUGACAAUAUGGUCUCCAUUUUAGGCUCCUUUGACCACCGCCUCUCAGCUCUUGAAACCGCCAUGCGCCCAACACAAAUUAGAACUCAUGCUAUUCGGAAAGCUCAUGAAAACAUUGAUAAAACGUUAAAGGCUGCAGAAGUCAUAUUGUCGCAGUUUGAUCUUUCUCGCCAGGCUGAGGCAAAAAUACUUAAAGGACCUCAUGAGGACCUGGAGAGUUAUCUUCAAGCAAUUGAUCAGCUGAGGAACAAUAUUAAAUUUUUCAGCAACAACAAAAGCUUCAAGAGUAGUGAUGGAAUUCUCAACCACACAAAUCACCUACUUGCGAAGGCUAUUUCAAAGCUGGAAGAGGAGUUUACGCAACUGUUAUCAUUAUACAGUUCCAUGCCUUAUGGGCUUGUUGUGCCCAAUUCCUGUAUCCUGACCCAGGUCUUGUUGCUUUAUGGACCCCUUUCUAUUGUAUCUUUCAGUAAACCUGUUGAACCCGAACGACUCUUUGAGUGCCUCCCCAAUUCUAUGAGACCAUCAGGAUCACCUGAACAUUCUGCUGGGAAGAUUCCAUCAUCAAAUCAUUCUGAAAAUCAAAAUAGUGCCUCAGAGAACUCCGUAUAUAUUACACCUACUCUUAUCCCACCUCGAAUAUUGCCUUUGUUGCAUGAUUUAGUGCAACAAAUGGUUCAAGCUGGGGAUCAUCAGCAGUUACAAAGGGUAUACAGGGAUAUCCGCUCUCAAGUUUUAGAAGAAAGUCUCCGGAAAUUGGGAGUAGAAAAGCUCAGCAAAGAUGAUGUCCAAAAGAUGCAAUGGGAAGUUUUAGAAGCUAAAAUUGGGAAUUGGAUCCAUUUUAUGCGAAUAGCAGUCAAGUUGCUCUUUGCUGGAGAACGUAGAGUUUGUGAUCAAAUUUUUGAAGGAUUUGAUAAUCUCAUGAAUCAAUGCUUUGCUGAAGUUACUACUGGAAGUGUUGCAGUUCUGCUUAGCUUUGGGGAUGCAAUUGCCAAAAGCAAGCGAUCCCCUGAAAAGUUAUUCGUACUUUUAGAUAUGUAUGAAAUCAUGAGGGAACUUCACUCAGAGAUAGAAGCACUUUUUAGAGGUAAAGCUUGCAACGAAAUCAGGGAAUCUGCCUUGGGAUUGACAAAAAGGCUUGCUCAAACCGCACAAGAGACUUUUGGCGACUUUGAAGAAGCAGUUGAAAAGGAUGCUACUAAAACUGCAGUGGCAGAUGGAACUGUUCAUCCCCUGACAAGCUAUGUGAUAAACUAUGUCAAAUUCUUGUUUGACUACCAAUCAACACUGAAGCAACUUUUCCAAGAAUUCGAAACAGGAGAUGAUUCGAAUUCCCAGCUAGCAGCUGUUACAAUGCGAAUCAUGCAGGCUCUUCAGACCAAUUUGGAUGGGAAAUCCAAGCAAUAUAGGGAUACCUCUUUGACUCACUUGUUUCUUAUGAACAACAUUCAUUACAUGGUCAGAUCUGUGCGCAGGUCUGAAGCAAAAGACCUUCUAGGGGAUGAUUGGGUUCAGAGACAUAGGAGAGUUGUCCAGCAACAUGCAAACCAGUAUAAGAGAAUUGCUUGGGCAAAGAUACUACAGUGUCUCUCUGUACAAGGCCUGACAUCAUCAGGAGGUGGUAGUUCGGUUGGUGCUGAUGGAGCAAACAGUAGCGGAGUUUCCAGAGCACUUAUAAAAGACAGACCUUUGGUUGAGAAUGGUAAGAACCCCCAGAAGUACAUUCGGUACACGCCCGAGGAUCUUGAACAUAUGCUUGGUGAAUUUUUCGAGGGCAAGACUUUGAAUGAGCCAAAGCGUUAAAACCUUGAUCAGCUUGUGUCGUCAGAGUGGAGGCAUUGCUCCUUUCUGUCGGGCGAAAACUGUUGCUUUUUUAACUUUCCUGGAGAUUACAUUCACUUUUAAAUCGUAAAUGUGUUGUUCAUAUUAAACUGGGGCCUGCUUUGGUAAGAACAAUUGUUUACUGUAAAGUAGGGCUGUCCUGUCCUGGCAAUAAUUUGUGUUUGUGGAUUGUGAUACAUCAUUUUCUUGCACAUCCAAUGUGGCCUUAUGACUGCGAAAUUGAAGAACUGACACUUGUUGUAAUAUUGUAUAGGUAGGAAAUGUUAUCACAGGGUACUUGUAUAAUAUGGAGUGUUAUUACUACUACUAUUAUUAUUAUUAUUAU